AUGUCUGCUUGCCAGGUGACCGGCCUUCCAGAGGGAUCCCAGGCCACCAGCGAGUACGAGACCCUCACCGCCAAGUUCCACUUCGUCGACCUGGCUGGCUCGGAGAGGCUGAAGCGGACGGGAGCUACGGGCGAGAGAGCCAAGGAGGGCAUCUCCGUCAACUGCGGCCUGCUGGCGUUGGGAAACGUCAUAAGCGCCCUUGGAGGCCAGAGCAAGAAAGCGGUGCACGUACCCUACCGAGACUCCAAACUGACCCGGCUCCUCCAGGACUCCCUUGCGGGGAACAGCCAAACCAUCAUGAUCGCCUGCAUCAGCCCCUCUGACCGGGACUUCAUGGAGACCUUAAACACGCUCAAGUACGCCAACCGGGCUUGCAACAUCAAGAACAAGGUGGUGGUGAACCAGGACAAAACCAGCCAGCAGAUCAGCGCCCUGAGAUCGCCCGCCUCCAGAUGGAGCUCAUGGCGGGCAAGCGUGUGAUCGGGGAGGACGGCACCGAUGGCUACAGUGACUUGUUCCAGGAGAACACCAUGCUCCAGAAGGAGAACGCCACCUUGCGCAUGAGGGUGAAGGCCAUGCAGGAGGCCACUGAUGCCAUCCACAGCCAGGUCACCCACCUGAUGAGCCAGGAGGCCAAGGCAGGCGAGGAUGGGCACCUCCGGAGAACGUGUCUGCGAGGUGACGGCAACGAGGCCAUCGGCGCCCUGAUCCCGAACUACAUCCAGGAGAUCGAGGAGCUCAAGUGGGCGUGGGUCACGUUCUCUCCUUCCGCCCGUCUGGGGGGGCCGCGUAUCGCGUGCAGCUUGAGAGGACCUGCAAAGAGGCAGUGCGGGCUAGCGGGGGGGCUGCUGACCUGGGGCUCUGGAGGCCCAGACUCCCUCUCUGGGUCUGCCGCUCCCGGCUGGGUGACUGGUGCCAUGAGCACUGGGUUCAAAUAGUAGGCUGGCAUCGCAGCUCUGCCAAUGACCUUGGGCAAGUCACUUCCCCUCUCUCUUGCCUUUGGUCUGAUGCGACCAUUUAGAUUGUCGGCGCUUUGGGACAGCGCCCGUCUCACGGGUGUGUGCAGCACCUGGCACAACAGGGCCUUGAUCCCGUCUCUCUCGGUGCUGCUGAAAUAUAAAUAAAAGCCCCGCAUUCGAGAUGGAAAUGUCUCCAUCCUGUAGGGCGUCCUGUCCGGCCCUUGUGCUCCCAAGCUUUCUCUGGAGCCUUGGCUGAUCCGGACUUAAAUGCCUCCCAGGGGUACAUUGAAAUACAGUCUGAUAGCUAGUGCUGCUCAUAAAUGUGGAUGUCGUGCAGGAGAAACAGACAACCCCGGAGACAGGAAUCCCCUCGCUCAUUCUGGGCCAGAUUCUCAGCUGGUGUAAAAUCAGCGUUGUCCCACUGGGGUCCCUGGAGCAAUGCCGAUUUACGCCCCUCCCGCUGAGGAUCCGGACCCCGGUCCGUAAUGCUGGAAAACAGAGGUGCCCCACCGUGUCUAGCGCAGCCGCUGCUGAAGAUUAACCCUUAGGCUGCCAUGUCAGCGUAUCACCGUGGCUGUUGAGAACUGGCUGUCGGCCAUAGGGUUGCUUCUCUCCUGUUAGCGUUCAGACCUGGUGGGAAGCCCUGGGGUCUUUGUGACGUGACCUGGGCGCAUUGCCAUCUAAGUGAAGGCACUUCCCCUCCCGGGCUCUGGCGGCGCAGGGU